AUGUCUGUUCCACACGGGCCCCGGGGCGGCCCUGGCCCUGCUGCUGCUCCUGCCUCAGCGGCCGGCGACAUGCCGGAGUUGCCGGACUUGAGCCACCUCACCGAGGAUGAGAGGAAGAUCAUCCUCGGUGUCAUGGACCGACAGAAGAAGGAGGAGGCGAAGGAACAGACGAUGUUAAAGAUCAAAGAAGAACCAAAGCCUCAGCCGGCACAGUGGUUUCCCUUUAGUGGGAUCACUGAGCUGGUAAAUAACGUCCUUCAGCCCCAGCAAAAGUCCCAAAAUGACAAGGAGCCAGAGCCAGACGCGAAGUUGCACCAGCAGUUUGAAUCGUAUAAGGACCAGGUCAAGAAGAUGGGGGAGGAGACUAAGCCGGUUCAGGACCUGAAGAGCGAAGCCCCAACCUGCGGGAUAUGCCACAAAACCAAGUUUGCCGAUGGCUGUGGCCACCUCUGUUCAUAUUGCCAAACGAAAUUCUGUGCUCGGUGCGGAGGACGAGUGUCUCUGCGGUCAAAGAAGGAGGACAAAGUGGUUAUGUGGGUAUGCAACUUGUGCCGAAAACAACAAGAAAUCCUCACAAAGUCGGGAGCGUGGUUCUACGGCCCGGAGCCGGGUCAGGUACGGGGUGUGUUUGAGGGCGGGCCACAGGGGAAGAAGGCCAAACUGCAGGACCCGUCUCUCUACCCCUACCAGGGAGACUCAGGGGACUUGACACCAGGGUCAGACAGAAGCAGACCUCGCGGUGGGCUCCUGCCCAGACAGUCAUCCCUUGACAACGGAUCGGGGCUGAGACACACAACCAGGACAGACCUGAGUUCUGACAGGAAACAAAGUCCAUCUGCAUCCAGGGAUCCAAACCAAAAAUACGACCAAAGGGAGGGGGGCGAUCACUCACAGUAUGCCCCGACGGACGGCGGCAUGCCCAGAUCACCGUCUGACUAUGGGGAUGGGGACCCCCGGCGGGCUCCGAGGGGCCCACACAUGUACCCAGAUGCAGAUGCGGCACGAAUGGGCUACCGGGACCGGCGGGGCCCCGGACGCUGGCACUCCCAAGAAUACCCGCUGGACCAGGAGCUAGAUGGACCCAGCGAGUACGACCUCCAGCGGCAGCGCCAGGAGGAGUUCCAGACACGUUACCGUAGUGACCCCAACCUGGCCCGCUACCCCGUGAAGCCGCAGCCCUAUGAGGAGCAGAUGAGGAUGCACGCUGAGGUGGGCCGCAUGAGGCAUGAGCGUCGUCAUAGUGACGUUUCCCUGGCCUACACGGAGCAGGACGACCCAGGACCCAUCCGGCUGUCCCGCCAGCAUCUCACCGAGCGCCGGCCGCCUAUGGUGGGACAGCGCUCAUACUCUGUCGACCGCUCCUCCCCUGGGCCCAUGGGUGGCAGCCUUGGCGGCCACAGAUCCUCCAAUCACAGUCCACCGACGCCGCAGCGUAGCCCUGUGCUGGGAGACCGAUCUGGGGACCUGCGGAGAGGGGACAUGGAUUCCAUGAGGAGGCAGCAGCACCACCUGGACCCCAGUUCAGCCGUCCGCAAGACCAAGAGGGAGAAGAUGGAGAGCAUGCUGAGGAACGACUCUCUCAGCUCGGACCAGUCAGAGUCGGUACGCCCACCACCCCCCAAGCCCCACAAAACCAAAAAGGGAGGAAAGAUGCGGCAGGUGUCGCUGAGCAGCUCGGAGGAGGAGCUGGCCACCACACCAGAGUACACAAGCUGUGAGGAUGUGGAGAUAGAGAGUGAGUCAGUCAGUGAGAAAGGAGAUUUGGAUGGCCAUUGGUGGGACCAUGCUUCUUGGCAUAGCAGCGAGGCCUCCCCAAUGUCUUUGCACCCGGUGACGUGGCAGCCGUCCAAAGAUGGGGAUCGCCUAAUAGGGCGUAUUUUACUCAACAAGCGCAUGAAAGAUGGAAGUGUGCCUCGAGACUCAGGAGCUCUACUUGGUCUAAAGGUGGUGGGAGGCAAGAUGACAGAAUCUGGUAGACUCUGUGCUUUCAUCACUAAAGUGAGGAAAGGAAGUCUAGCAGACACUGUUGGACACCUCAGACCAGGUGACCAGGUGCUGGAGUGGAAUGGGAAGCUUUUACAAGGAGCCACAUUUAAAGAAGUUUACAAUAUCAUUCUAGACUCCAAGCCUGAGCCGCAGGUGGAGCUGGUGGUCUCACGGCCUAUAGGAGAUAUUCCAAGGAUACCAGACAGCACACAUGCACAACUGGAAUCAAGUUCGAGUUCUUUUGAGUCUCAAAAGGUGGAUCGCCCGUCCAUCUCCGUCACGUCCCCCAUGAGUCCCAGCAUGCUGAGGGACGCCCCCCAGUACCUGUCAGGACAGCUCUCAGUCAAACUAUGGUAUGACAAAGUGGGCCAUCAGCUAAUUGUCACCAUCCUGGGCGCCAAAGACCUGCCCCCCAGGGAAGACGGCCGCCCCAGGAACCCUUACGUCAAAAUCUACUUCCUCCCUGAUAGAAGCGACAAAAGCAAGAGGAGAACAAAAACGGUAAAGAAAUCCUUAGAGCCCAAAUGGAACCAGACCUUUAUGUAUUCGCCGGUGCACCGGCGGGAGUUUCGGGAGCGCAUGCUGGAGAUCACAUUAUGGGACCAAGCCAGGGUGAGGGAGGAGGAGAGCGAAUUCCUGGGAGAGAUCCUUAUUGAGCUGGAGACAGCACUUCUGGAUGAUGAGCCACACUGGUACAAGCUACAAACCCACGACGUGUCCUCCAUGCCGCUCCCACGUGCCUCCCCCAACACACAGCGCAGGCAGCUCCACGGAGAGAGCCCCACACGGCGACUCCAGAGAUCCCAACGGAUAAGUGACAGUGAGAUCUCGGACUAUGAUUGUGAAGAUGGUGUUGGAGUAAUAACAGACUACCGGUCUAAUGGCCGAGACUUCCAGAGCUCCACGUUGUCUGUCCCUGAUCAGGUGAUGUCAUCUAACCACUGCUCCCGCUCAGCCGACAUUAACCGGGCGCGGUCGCGUUCUCCCAGCGUUCCCCCUCCCUCCAGCAGAAGUCUGGACCCCGCCUUUGACCUUAGGCCUUCUCAGUACAGCUCCUCCACUAGAGUGGACCACCACAGUGUGUCUGAAGAUAACUACUCUCCUGACAGCCGCAACCAUCGCGUGUACCCUAUCUGCCGAGAGGAAGCAGUCAGGUUACUGCGUUCCACUAGGAUGGCCCGCGCCCAUUCUGAGGGCGCCUAUUCCUCGGAUUAUGACUACGAGAGGAACCACGGAGCCAUGGAUAGACACGAGUAUCACAGCAGGUCCCGCUCUGCAGACCAGCGGCCCUCUAUAGAGCGCCCCACGUCCCGCUCGCGCUCCACUGAACGCCCCCACGACUCUUCGCUCAUGAGGUCCAUGCCGUCCCUGCCAUCUGGGAGGUCUGCCCCCCCCUCACCUGCCUUGACGAGGGCGCAUCCUCGUAGUGGAUCAGUCCAGACCAGUCCCAACAGCACCCCCAUGUCCAGUAGAAGAGGACGGCAACUCCCACAGCUUCCACCCACGGGGAAAGAGAGAAAAGAUGGAGACGAAGGAACAGAGCCUUGUGAAGGUAUGGACAUGGAGGAGAGGACCCGCCAGAUGAAGCUGAAGAUAAACAAGUACAAGCAGGGAGCGGGCUCCGACUCCAGACUGGAGCAGGAUUACCACAAGCGCUCAGGCAGAGAUCCUCGGGGCUCAGAUAACCUGUCGGCCAAGUCAUCGGACAGCGAUGUAAGCGACGUGUCCGCUGUGUCGAGAACCAGUAGUGCCUCUCGGUUCAGCAGCACGAGCUACAUGUCUGUCCAAUCAGAAAGGCCGCAAGGAAACCGCAAAAUCCGUGACUUUGCAUCCAAAAUGAAAAACAGGCAGAUGGGCUCGUCGGGCGGGGUCAACAUGACCAAGAGCACAAGCCUUAGCGGCGACAUGUGUAAUCUGGAGAAGACGGACGGCAGCCAGUCGGACACGGCAGUCGGCACGGUAGGCACCGACGAAAAGAAGAGGCGCUCCAGCAUUGGUGCCAAAAUGCAGGCCAUGGUCGGCAUGUCGCGCAAGAGCCGGAGCACCUCUCAGCUCAGCCAAACAGAAGCGGGUGGUAAGAAGUUGCGCAGCACCAUCCAGAGGAGCACGGAGACGGGCCUGGCGGUGGAGAUGAGGAGCAGGAUGACUCGGCAGGCCAGCCGGGAGUCCACAGACGGCAGCAUGAACAGCUACAGCUCCGAGGGAAAUCUCAUCUUCCCUGGUGUGAGGCUCUCCUCAGAAGCCCAGUUCAGCGACUUCCUGGACGGUCUUGGCCCCGCCCAGCUGGUUGGACGACAGACGUUGGCUACUCCCCCCAUGGGUGACAUCCAGAUUGGUAUGGUGGACAAGAAGGGGGCACUGGAGGUGGAGGUCAUCAGAGCCCGUGGCCUUGUGGGAAAACCAGGUUCCAAGGCACUGCCAGCACCAUAUGUAAAGGUCUACCUUCUGGAGAACGGAGUCUGCAUAGCCAAAAAGAAAACAAAAGUAGCAAGAAAAACCUUGGAUCCUCUUUACCAGCAGCAACUGCCGUUUGAGGAGAGUCCAGUAGGAAAGGUUUUACAGAUCAUCGUAUGGGGGGACUAUGGACGCAUGGACCAUAAAUCCUUCAUGGGAGCAGUUCAGAUACUGUUAGAUGAGCUGGACCUGUCCAACAUGGUGAUUGGCUGGUUUAAGCUCUUUCCCCCUUCCUCUCUGGUGGACCCUACUCUGGCCCCACUGACAAGAAGAGCUUCCCAAUCGUCACUGGACAGUUUCUCUCGAUCAUAGCAGCGUGUGGACUGAUAGCGUUGUUGUAGCAGCCAGUGUUGCGGUUACAGGUCACGCCCCCCGGUUACACUGCAUGCUUGAUGUUGUGUCUUCUGAGCCUGUUUCCAGGGGUGCGAAAAACGUGAUCCUGUGUUUUGAGCAAAAACGUUGCGCACAUUGUGCACGAGGCGAAGUGCGUCGCAAGCGCCUGGCGGCCGGGAUUGCCGGGUGUUGUUGUUGUUGUUUGGAGGAAGCUGGAAUGAACUCCUUAGCACGAGGAAUCCGUCAGUUCCAGGUUUUCAUCCAAUUCGAAGCCAUGGGGGUCCGCACUGGGAACCGCUAAACGAGUUCUACAGAAGCCCUUUUCGAAUGAAAAAUAAAUGUUUUCCUUUUUCUUUUUUAGUUUCCUUUUUUUGUUUUUUUUUGUUGUUUUUUUAUGUCGAUGUACUUGUAUCUGAAGGGGGUGACAGUGUUUCUAACCAGAAGCUUGGUCACGCCACGCCAACAGACCUAGCUGUGUAGAGGGAGUUUUGGAGACCAUCACUUUGGGUGAGGUGUGUCCCAGCUUGUGUCCACACUCCCCCAAAACCCCAAAAGAAAUACCCUGCUUACUCUAGGUUUACGUACUGAAUCAACCCGUACUGGUAAAUUAAUCAGAGGCAAUAUUGAAGUGGCUACCAUCAACACUGAACACAGAACAAACAGAAACGAUCCAAACCCCAUGAAAAGAUGUACAAUCUACCAUCAUUCUUUCUCUGUUGAUAUAUUGUAUGAAAAUUAAAUGAGAAAAAAAUAUUUUUUUCCCUUUUUAGUUCAUUUGCAUGGACACAAAUUUAGCUGAAUUAAAAAAAAAGAAAAGAAAAUUAUUUUCUUGAGGCUGAAACUUGCAAAAAAGAAGAAGAAAAAUAAAACAGAUCAGCCAUUUUCAACAAUUUAUAUUAUUUUUAAAGGUAAAUUUCACUAGUGCAUGGUUUUCAAGGGGAGUGAAUGCAACAUCGUGAUGAAAAAAAAGACAUUGUUUAUCAUUCUUUAGACCAUUCAUGAGUCUGUGUUUAGCAGACAUUGAGAUAAGGGAAACUUAAAGGAAACUUUUGGAGUUAUUUAACAGAAAAUGUUUAUGUGACAAAAAGUGAUAAUGAAAAUAAAUGUAAAUUAUUUAUUUCAUUGUAAAAGGCUCAUGCCUUAUAAAGAUAAACAUUAUGUGCAAAUUGUACAUGUUUCUCUUCUUCUUCCUUGUCCCAGGGUACUUCUCAUCGCACUACUCAUUGCUACCAUUGUUCAGUCCCCUGAUAUUGUCCAGAUUUUAGGACUGUUGGUUAUUUUACAGUUCUGUAUUGUUUCAGUAUGUAUUUUAUUUUGGAUUUGAUUUGUUUAACAAGCAUGUUGAAAAGGAUUUUCUGCAACAUGGCUUGGGCACACCUUACAGUAACUCAGCAUGUUUUGAUAAAGAUGAUAUUUGGAAUUUUUGCAGUUUCUUGUACAGUGCAUGUCAACUUCAUUACUUUUCUCCCUCACCCUUGAAUUGAACUCUACAGCAAAUUAGUUCUUGGUCUUCUGCGGCCAUUUAUUGAAGUUUUGACAAAAAACAUUCCACCCCCAAGGUCAUGUUUUCUUUCAGGUUUUUGAGAAAAAAUAAGUGACAAGGAAAAUAUUUUAUAUUUAAUGGAGGUUGACGAAACAGUUGUGAUUGCAAGUGUAUUUUAUUUCAGUAUUGUUGACGAACAUGCAAAAAUAAUCUUUAUUGGUACAGUGAGAGGUCUAUACCUAAUCAAGAGGCAGCAAACAUGCGAGAGAUGUGUGUGUCGCUGUGGUUCAAGUCCACAGGCACUGUAUGUGAAGAUGAGCUAAUCACAAGUUCAAAUAACAAGGGAUAUUGCCACAGAAAAUGUUUUUUCUUGUUUUAAUGAAAAUGAAAUUAAUUUACUAUAUUUUUGUUAGUUUUAUUUAAAAGCCAAGACCAGUUUAUUUUUUAUUUUCUAUUUUUAGUAAUUAUAAAUACUUCUCAUGUCUGGGAAGUAUAUGAAUCUUAUAGUUGCAGUAUGUCUGAAUGAAAUUGAACUGAGGCAUUAUUCCUUUUCCACAUGACGAUAAAGUGUUUUAGUGUCCAAGAAAACCUUGUCGCUGUAACAAGCUACAGUAUAUAUUUUCAUUUUGAUUUCGUUGUACAUACCUUUAGAUGUCAUAAUUUGAAUAAACAAGCUACCAUGAAUAGAUGAUAGACUCUUUUGGAACAGGAAGAAUGCCUCACGUGAUGACAAAGACAUAUGUUAUUUAUCCUUUUGAAUGCCUUUUCAUUUUCUCUUUUUGGUGCAAUGUGUUAAUGCCAAGGCUAUGUCUUGGUUAAGUAUGGUUGAGUACAGAGAUUUAUGUAAGUUAUUUUUCAAAUUAAAAAUAAAAAAAUUGAUAUUA